AUGGAGUCCCGCAUGAAAGAGCACCAGAAGAUAGACAAUCUCUCCCUCUUGGAAAAGUUCGACGAAAAUGAAGUCCUUCAAAUAGUGAAGGAGAGAUACACAAACGACAAGAUAUACACCUUAGCAGGACCCGCCCUAGUCUCAGUCAAUCCGAACAGGCCAAUACCAAAAGCCUACGGGGAAAGGGAAAAAAGCACUGCGAGAGAGAACCCAGAGCACCCGCACAUAUACACAAUCGCAGAAAGAGCGUACAAAGGAGUAAAGCAGAGGAAGAGCCAAGUCAUCAUCCUAAGCGGAGAAUCAGGCUCUGGAAAAAGCGUAAAUGCCAACUACAUCCUGGAGUAUCUCUCCGGAAGAUCCCAGGGAGAAAAAACAGGAAAAAAACUCGUCCACGCUUCUCCUAUUCUGGAGCUCUUUGGAAAUGCCUGCACGAAAAACAACAAAAACUCGUCUCGCUUUGGAAAAUACGUUGAAAUUUCGUACUCUGAAAAUAGCAUAGUCUCUGCGAGUGUGAAGGCUUUUCUUUUGGAGAAGGGGAGAGCCGAGGGAAAAAGCCAGAAUUUCCAUGCAAUGGUGCUUUUACAGGAGCUCACGCAGGGAGAGGGGGCGGAAAGUGCGUGGGACCGCAUGCGGAGCAUACUGGCGGACUUCCACGCUCUGGGAGUCACUCGUUGCGAGGUCUUGGGCCUUUUCCGGAUGCUUCUCCUCGUGAAUCUCCUCGUGCAGGUGGAAGUGCUUGAAGAGAACGGAAAGUGUCGCGUGGAGGGGGAUCUUGGGAGGAUCUCGGAGAUGCUGGGGGUGCCAUCCUCUGCCCUGGAGGAGCUUCUCCUGAGGAAGUCCCUGCGAAUCGCAGGGGAGAACAUCACGAAAGAAAAGACCCUGAAGGACGCGACUACAAGCAAGAACACGCUCAUUCGGGUCGUAUACGAGAAAACAUUCGAACUCGCUGUUUUCACUGUAAAUUCAGCACUUUCCAGGAAGGAAUCCCAGGAAAGCGAGAAAGACUCUCUGAAAGCGUCCCUGGACGAGAAAGGAGUGCGCGCAUUUGUGGAGGACCUGCAGAAUCUAUCCCUCCCCGUGGAAAUUCCCCUCCCAGAGAGCAGCAAACCCCCAGAGCGCGAGGAAACUGCAAAAAUCGGAGUCCUCGACAUAUACGGGUUCGAGAUCAUGGAAAAAAACGGGCUAGAUCAACUCUGCAUAAACUACGCGAACGAAAAAAUCCAGGCGGAGUACGUUAAGAGGGUAAUAACAGAAAACAUGAACGCCUUCAAGGAGGAGGGCAUCGAACUAGACAAUAUCUCGCUUCUCGCGCAGGCAGAGUCCGUUUUUGAGGGGUCUUUAGGCAUUAUAAAGCUCCUGGACGAAGAAUCCUUCCUUCCCAGUGGGUCCGUUAAGAAUUGGCUAAGCAAAGUCUCUUCCACAGGAACAAUUCGGACGAGAAAUAACUCGAUGGAAAUAGAGCACUAUGCAGGAUCUGUCUCGUAUACGGCGGAUGACUUCGUCCAGAAAAACAGGAAUGCAUACUCAGACACGUGCUCCUUCCUGAAUGCGACGAGAAUACGCCUUCUCCAGCAGCCAGAAUCCUUCCUGGGAAAGCUCACUCGAGUUGGCGUUAUAGGGGAGUUCCAGAAAAGCCUCAACGCCCUCCUGGAGGAGGUGAAUAAGUGCACUCUGCACUACGUACGAUGCAUAAAGCCAGGACCCUGCGAGGAAUUCGCAGAUUCCUACGUAAAGAACCAGCUUCGCCUCACAGGAGUCUUUGAAACGGUGAAAAUUUUCAUGCUCGGAUUUUACCUGAAAACCACGAGGGAAGAAUUCUCCGAGAGAUACGCUGGAGACCCAUCUGAGACCCCAGGCGUGCAGGUGGGAAAGAAGUACGUGUUCCUAACAGAGGAGGCCUACAACACCCUCGAAGCCCAGAAGAAGAAGGCAGAAGAUCAGGCAGCCGAUGUAAUAAAAAGGUUCCUCAGGAGCAGGCUCCAAAUACAAGCGAGAAAAGAAAAGGAGAAAGAAAAAGAGGAGAAGGAGAAAAAAGAGAAGGAGAAGGAAAAAGAAAAAGAAAAGGAAAAGGAGGAAGAGAAGGAGGAAGUUCGGCUCCCAGAGGAUACUCUCGUGGAGGAGAGAUCCUGCCCGAAGGAGAGGGGGGGAAUGGGUUUUUUCCAGGAGGAGCAGGCGGAGGGCGAACCCUCGAGGAAUUCGAGCUCCGAUGAGUCCGUGAUUUUCUUCGAUGCGAAUCCCCUGCGGGCGUGCUCGAACUGUCACCGACUCGAGGAAAAGUACGAAAUGCAGUCGCUCUUCCUGGCGGAGCUCCAGGGCGAGGAAGAAACAAGAAAAAACGAGAUAAAAAACCUGAAAACAAUUUUAACGGAAAAAGACACGCUAAUCCGAGACCUAAGCCACAAGAUAGAAGUAAUGCUGUACGAACUCUCCAGCGGAGAAUAUUUCAAGACAACGACAAACCCCCAGCAGACAGUUCGGGGGGAGAGUCUUCAGGCAGAGUCCUCUCCUGGGAGGGAGUCUGGCCUCUUCAAGAAGAUAUGCAAGAUAUUCAUACAGAAUAUACGGCCAGAGUAUCCCUCCUACUAUCAGGCUGUCAGCUGCUCCUUCGCCCUCUUCCGAGUAGCUGCUCUUUGCAGGGGGGGAAUAUCCGAGAAUAUUUUGGCAGGAGUUCGCGAGUUCGAAUCCGCAGCGUAUGCAGUUCUUGUUGUUAAAAAGUCGUCGAUUCCCCUAUACACGGGAUUCUUCCUGACGAAUGCCAUCUUCAUAGCGAGAACGUCUCCCUCUGCAAAGACUUCGGAGACUCUCCAGAGCAUCUUCACGGAGGGGUGCAAGGCCCUCUGCGAGGAAAUCGUGAACUUUGGGCUUGACUUUCUCUUUAAGCCGAACGCCCUGGAGGGGGGGAAUCUUCUCUCAAGACUGCUCAAAAAGCCUUCUCUGGACUCGAUUGUUUCGCAUUUGAAGAUGGUCCACUCUGUUCUCUGCAGCCUGUACGUGCCAAAGGCUGUCGUUGUCUCGAUCUUUGAGUACAUCGCAAAAAGGAUCGACGCCCUAGGGUUUGAGCACAUCACAAAACGAGAGAAGAAGGUUUCUACGAAGCACCUGAUGCACCUGCACAAUAGCCUGGACGUGCUUUCCUCCCUCCUCAUAGACUUUGGGGUUGAGGACCCGUACGCGUGCUUUCCCUACCUGAGAAAAUUCACGGAGUUCGUGGAAAUGCAGAGAAAAGGCGUCAUCACAGGGUCUGUCUUCCUGAAACUAGGGCCUUUUUCUUCCUCGCAGUUGAAGGCCUCGAUAAACGCCCUUUCCCCGGAGAUCAGAGGACAUCUCACGACAAAGCUCCAAAAUGCACUGAAGAACUCCCCAGCCUUCGAGCAGAUGCCGGAAGUAUUCCCCGUCUUUAGCAUGCCCAUAAACACCCUCCCAGACGAUCCAAACGAGCUUUUCAGGGCACUUUACACAUGCCCGGAGAAGGAGGCACUUUGCAGGGCCCUGGCAGAUCACGACAUCUCCUGCGAGUGGCUGGAGUAG